GGUCAUGUGCUGGUCAUCAGCUCUGUGUACAAACAAGCAGAGGAUGGAUCAACCUUGACUUUGCGCAAUGUACCGAUUAGUAGAGUUGAAAAUGAAAGUAGCACUGCUGCAGGCACUGCACACAUGUGGUAAGCCGCUGUACAUGAUCGGUCCAAGUACUUUCAGUUUAGUGUUCAAUGUAGGGCCAAUGCAGAGUGCAAGUUUGGGCGAGGUCUUGAAGAUCGCCAUGAGACAAUGUAGCUAACUGCAGCAGUGUGGUGGAUAUCAGAGACAAAGGGAACGUAUUCCUACUCUUCGAGGCUGUAAUGGGAAGGACGUAGUCCGUGGUAGCAGCGAGGUCCGCGGCGAACAACACGAUCAAAGAUAGAGACAGAGGAUGAAGGAGGGAGGAGGGAGAUAGGGGAGCAGGUCUGUAUGCAUCAUCUCGCUUUGUAAGUUUUGGAUUCGUGCUGGCAGAGCUAGAGGGAAGAGGUUGUUGGUGACAGCCAGCAUUCUUCGGUAGAGGUGUUCUUUCAGCCCAGUUGCCAUGGCUACAACGAGUGAAUAUCCCCUAGUUGCUGUGGUGAUGGUCUUCGUUAUUCAUGGCGCAGGAUUAUGCUAUUCCCAGAGCUUAUUCCCAGGAUUCGGCCAGCCUGGAAAUCAAAUGCAAAACCCAUUCAGCAUGCCUGGAAGGCAGGCUGCAUCGAGACCCGCAAACCAGCAGUUUGGCAAUGCCAAUUCACCAUUCAACAUACAGCAGAUACCUACCGGAUCUGUUCCCAAUGCUGCUGGUGCUGCGCCUGCAGCUGGACCGGGACUGGCUGGACCCCAGCAGCCUGCACCAGCCCAACCUGGAAGUGGUACAUUGACCGGGCAGGUUCCCCCAGGAGCACAGCCAGGACUAGGUCAGCCGCAAGCAGCACAGCAGCCAAACUUUGACUUUGGCAACUUACCAGGCAUCUCAACUCAAAGACCACCAUCGUUUGGUGGACCGAUGAUGCCUGGUCAGCAGCAACAACCAUCGCUGAAUUUUGGAGGAUCACAAUUUGCGAGAAACGGAGCACAGCCAAGAAAUACUCGGCGAUUUCGGAAUCGUCAUCCCGGCCAAUCUCGUGUCAUAGCGCUACAAGACCUGGUGGAAACAACUGGUUCCCUCCAGCCAGGACAGUCACAAACCUAUGGUUUCUUCGGCAAUGAUCGAGGAAAUUUUAGCAUACAGGUGAAACCCUGUAGAGGCCUUGUAAAUUGGCAAGUACGAAACCAAGAUAGCAAUGUCGAACACUCAGUUAGACCGAUGGAUGAAGCCCCGGAGUUAUUCAUAAAUAUGCCGUUCAACAAGAGGAAGCGCAGGCAACUAGCGCAGCCUGGAGGCAAUACUGUAGGCAGAAGUCCCUCAGCUAAUAACUGGGGAGCACCAGUGUCAGGCCCAGGUUCUCCAGCCAACAAUGUUUUCCCUUCCAUGGCAAAUCCUAUUGGAAAUCAACAGCUGCCUAAUCAGCUUGUAGCUGGUGUUAAUUUCCCUGGACAAACAGGAGGAGGCAUGGGUGGACAUCAAGCCGCACCUGUGCCCCAAUUGACACCUAAUCCCGGUGACAGGCUUCCUGGUGGAAAUUUCCCCCCUGGAAAUAAUUUUCCAAAUAUGAACAACUUUGGAUCAAAUCCAGCAAUACCAGGAGGACAGUUCGGUUCUCCAGGUGCUGGUGGAGGAGGAAUGAAUGGUUUUGGGCCAAGCAAGAGCAAUAUUGGUGGUAUUGGAGGAGCAGGCACCCCGGGUGGCUACAAAGUAUCUGCGUCUGCACUCAACGGUCCACCGCCCGUCGAGAUUGAACCUGAUUUUGAAUAUGAAGAGCCGAUGGAAUCGGAGGAAUUUGGCCUUGGAAGUGAGACAGCUCCUGUCUCUGAAGCGUAUGAGAAAACUGAUAUUAGUGGUGGAGAGUACAGUGUGUUAAUUACCAACCCGCUACAAGAGCCAGUUGUCUAUAGGAUCCUGAUGACGCGCAACAUAGGAAAUUCACCGUAUCCUCGACUGCCAGAAGAGAAGCAGGUACGUGUUACUAAAGUUCGGCCGACUGCAGUGGAGGUUUCAUGGGACCCAGUGAAGAAGGAAAAGAAUGGAGCACAUGGUGGUCAAGCGCAGCAUGUCAAUUACUGCAUAGAGUACUCACCUGCAGCUACUAGCAGGGUGACAGAUCGGCACAGUAGUACGUGCGGCACACAUCGCACCAGACCCGGCGCAACAAUCAAAGUAAGAUGCACAGACCAGACUAGUAUUCUCAUCACCAACCUGCAGCCAGCAACAUCUUACUUCGUCGACGUGUAUGCAACCAAUGUGAAUGUACGGCCACAAAGACAAUCGGCAUAUCAGGCUGUGAAUGUCACCACAUUGCCUGCUGGUAUAGCACUACCCAAUAAUCGUGUUGUCAGCAACUAUGCCCUUCCACCCAGUACUGGCCAAAUCUUCACAUUCAGUGAACCUGCUGUAAACUCUGGAAUGCCUACUGCAGUCAAGGCAAUGGUAGUACCAUGUACUGGUCUUAUUACAUGGGCACUGACAAGAGAUGGAUGGCCCGUGGAGUAUUUUGAGCCUGAAUUUCUCUACGACGAUGAUGACAGCUUCAGUGACGAUGAUGACAUGCCUUUUCUGAACCCAGUGAAUCCGAUCAACAGUAGAGGUCCAGCAGGUGGAGUUGAUAGGAAUUUCCCGAACAACAUGGGGAGUCCCAACUUUGCUGGAGGUCAAGCUUUCCCUGAUCCAUUUGCUCCUCCAGGGAUUCCAGAAAACAAUCCCUUCGCGGUAGGAAACAGUGGGCUGGGCCAAGGUGGCCAAGGAACAUUCCAACUACCCAACGCAAACACAGGAAAUGCAGCAUUCAGCCCACCAGCAGGUGGAGCUGGUGCAUUUCCAGGCGCCGGAGCUGGUGCAUUUCCAGGCGCCGGAGCCGGUGCAUUUCCAGGUGGAGCUGGUGCAUUUCCAGGCGCCGGAGCUGGUGCAUUUCCAGGUGGAGCUGGUGCAUUUCCAGGUGGAGCUGGUGCAUUUCCAGGUGGAGCUGGUGCAUUUCCAGGAGCCGGAGCUGGUGCAUUUCCAGGUGCCGGAGCUGGUGCAUUUCCAGGCGCCGGAGCUGGUGCAUUUCCAGGCGCCGGAGCUGGUGCAUUUCCAGGCGCCGGAGCUGGUGCCGGUCAAGCGGGUGGCUUUGCAGGUAUCGCACUCCCUGGUGCUGGUCCUGGAGCAGCACUUGGCGGACCUGCUACUGGCACUCCAGUUGCCGGUUCCCCACAGGUCAGUACAUCAACCGCAAGUGCUCAACCUGCCACUGUCAGUCCACUCCGCCGCCGCCGCCGUCGUCAACUCUACAACAACAACAUCAAUACAUUAUUCAGCAUGCCAGGCAUGCAGGGUCACGCUGGUCGGAGGCAAAGGGUGCGAACGCCUCCUAGACCACGUCCUCAGCCACGGCUUUCUGAACGUGAUGCUGGCGUUGGCCGUAGCACAGGCAAAUCAGUGUUUGAGUAUACUAAUCAAUCCACAGCAAGUGUCUACCAGUUGACUGUUUUCAACACGCAUACGGAUGUGGGAAAGUUCGAUGUGUUUGCAACCACUACACCCAAGUCCACACCCUAUCCUCAAAUACCAGAAAAUGCUCAAGUGCGCGUGACUUCGUCAGACUUUCGCUCAUUGAAUGUGCAGUGGGAAUCAAGUCCAUCUUCCGAUGUCCAGUAUUGUGUUGUGGCACAUCCCAGGUCAAGAGUUCGGUCAACGAAUCUUGUACCUAGUUCACCAUGUGGUGUGAUGGGUGUCCAAUCCGUGGAAGAACUGCUCAGACGAGGCAGAUGUGACUACUCCACCGAUCGAGUCGUCAGUAAUCUAACAGCAGAGAUGCACUAUGAGGUCGAUGUCUUGGCUGUGAACUCUCAGUCACGCGAAGCACUGGCAUACACUAGUGUCACUGCAUUUGCAAGACCCAGCUCUGCAUCUACUCUGCCCAUCUGUUGGACCCUUGUUAGUAUAGCGACACUCCUUUCAGCAGUACUCUCAUGAACAACUUGACCGUCUAUAACACAAUGUACUUGAGUUCUUGCCAAUGCACUCAGUGACAGGAUAUCAUCAGCACAGACAUCAUUUAUAUUUUCAUUUCUCAAACAUCCUCGUCGGCUAGUACAGAUUGACUUGCAAACAAUAAUAAUACUGAAAACGGUCCAGUUGAUAUUACUCUUGCUGAUUGUUAUGAUGGAGCAUGGCCUUGUUUGCCCAUGUCAGAGAUUGCCUUUUCUUUCUCUUGAGCAUUCUCUUUCUGCACUGAAUUUUAAAUGCAUUUCCACCAUGAGCAGAAUCAACAGAGCUUGGGUGGGUUUUGCUCGUACAGAAGUGGGUCACACCCGGAUACGGGGCCUUCACACAAUCUACAUGUACAUAGGUAUGUUCAGAACGCUUGAACUAUAUUAUUAUAAGAGACGCAUUUUUUAAAUGAUUCUUUCCUGAAACCUA